CGGGCCACCCGCCAUAACGAACAUAGCGUGCUGCAGAGAGUGUGUUUGAAUGAACGUGGCUCGUUUUUCUUUAAAUAAUUGUGAUAAAUCCCAGCCCUAAUUAGUAUUACUGGAGACAUACAAGUGAUCAGUGAUAUCAAGGAGUGAUUUAAAUGUUUAAACUAUACAAGUUUAUCCACAAAUGUUGAAUAUGGAUGUUGCCCAGAAAUUAAACUUCGACGCUUACGAUAUUGAGGACGAGGAGCUCAACAUCAGCUGUCGUACUAAUAGUUCGGGAUGCGAUGUUGAUGAUGCGCUAGAUUCCUCCGAGGAUUUUACACCCUCACCUCAACCCAGACAAUUGUUCAAUAAUUCAAUGGACUGCAGUGAUUGUGAUAAUUCACCGAUUAAUGACAAAACACCAGCUAUCGUCGUGACAGGUGUGAGGAAUUCCCAUCGAGAUAGUGGACCUCAGUCUAGAUUGACAAUGGCCUGCAGUCCACCCUAUAAGAGAGUUCGGGCACUUCGACUCUUUGAUUCACCAGCAACGCCAAAAACAUUGAUUGAGAAAAGUGCCAUGCAUACACCAGUGCCAUCGAGGUGCAACAGACUCUUUCCCACUGAUAAACCGAGACCUGUUGCCUCUAGCUAUCAGUCCAAGAGUGAUAAACCAGCGGCUAAUGUCAACCCUUUUACACCUAAUGGAAUGCUGCUGACAGCUAGGAAGAGGAGUAGGUCCAAGCGGAGUCUUAAUGGGUCACCAGACAUAAGAAUACCAAAGUUCGACCUCCCCGAUACAGACGAAUCAGACACAGAGAUAGAACAACCAACAAAGCGCGUUGCCCUGAAUGAAUCCAACAUUCCCCGUUACAAGCAAGAAUUCCACGAGUUGAAGUUGAUAGGUGCAGGUGAAUUUGGCUCAGUGUACAAGUGUAUAAAUCGUCUGGAUGGGUGUACAUAUGCGAUAAAGAAGAGCCUGAAACCAGUGGCAGGUAGUGCGAAUGAGAAAACUGCCCUUAACGAGGUGUAUGCACAUGCUGUUCUCGGUAAACAUCAGCACGUGGUGCGCUAUUACUCAGCGUGGGCCGAGGACAAUCACAUGAUUAUUCAGAAUGAAUUUUGCAACGGUGGCAGUUUGGCUGAUGACAUUGUAAAACGCCAGAAUGAAAAUCGUCCCUUCUCCGAGGCUGAAUUGCACCAGUUGCUCCUUCACGUGGCCGAGGGCCUCAGGUAUAUUCACAGCAUGCAGCUGGUACAUAUGGACAUUAAACCCGGCAACAUAUUCAUAUCGAAGGAGAAACGCUUGUUGGCUGUGAAUUACGACUCUGCUGACGAUGGUUUUGACGAGGAGGAAACACUUGAGGAGGAGAUUACGUAUAAAAUUGGUGAUCUUGGUCAUGUCACGUCCAUCAGCAAUCCAACUGUUGAGGAGGGUGACUGCAGAUAUCUAACAACAGAGAUAUUGGGCGAAGAUGUCUCACACCUGACCAAAGCUGAUAUUUUUGCUCUUGGUCUCACGGUUUAUGAGGCAGCUGGAGGUGGCCCGCUACCCAAGAAUGGACCUGAAUGGCAUUCUAUCAGGCAGGGUAACCUCAAGGUCUUACCGCAGUACAGCAGAGAUCUCAAUGAGCUUAUUAAGCUCAUGACUCAUCCAAAUCCUGAAACAAGGCCCUCAGCAGUGUCCCUCAUCCAGCAUAGGGUACUCUGUCCCUUUGGCAAUAAAACAAAAGCCCAAUUACGUCGUGAACUAAAUGAAGAAAAACAAAAGAAUGAAAUUCUGUUGAAACAGCUUCAGGAGGCUGCCAAGUGUCUAAAAACAAUUGCUCCCAACGUUACUGCCAUUAAUAAUUCAUUGAGCUCAAGUGGUUAUAGGCUGAGGCCAACACCAAACAGAACAUCAUCCAGAGCUGUAGGUAAAAAAGUCAAUCGUAGCAGUAGUACAACGAAUUUUUAGAAUUUCCAUUCAACGAUGAGCAGGGCAGGUUUUUUUUAUAUUUUUUAAAUUCUUUGGGAGGGCGGGGGGGUGCCUGGAGGUGCCUUGAUAAUGUGAUAUCAUAUUAACUCUAGAAUAAUAACAGAUUCCACGGAAAAAUCCAGUAAAAGUCGUGAAAAUACUGAAAGAAAGACACUGAAACGAAUAAUGGAAUUAUUGAGGGGAGUAAUUGUCCAUUUGUGCGCAGAGUAGAGUUCAUCAGUAAUUCAGAUAAUGCACGUUGAAAAUCAUCGUUUUUUCUUUUAAAAAUCUGUUUUUCUCUCGUCUACAUUUUUUGAAAGUUCUUUGAGUAAGAGUUAUCCUUUACGCCUGAGAGAAUAUAAAUCGAUCCAUUUCUUUUAAAAUUACCACGUAAUUCUUCAAUGAACAGGAGUUCGUUGCAAUUAUUUCAAUCAGCGUAUUUCUCUUUAUUCCAAUCAACAUGAGCAUGCUGAAUUAUCAAUUUAUUUCUUUCAUUGGAAGUGUCAGUGGAUCUACUCUGCGUACGUCAUAACAUAGAACCCAUAACCACUGAAAAUUCGAUAAAAAAAUACCCGAAAAAAAGAACAUUAGAAACAUUUUAUAAGAUUAAAUUAUUUUUGUAGCAGUUUUAAUCGUCUUCGAUUACUAUUAAUAUUAUCAUUUCAUCUAUACUAUAAUCGUUGCAACGUGUUUUCUUUUUUUAUUGAAUUCUUGGUUUAAAAAGGAUUAGAAUCUUCGUGUAAAUAGGGAGUCAUCGAAAAGGGACAAAGUUAUUAGUUUAAGUGCGCCUUUAUGUUUU